AUGGCCCUUUGUGUGCAGGCGGCAGUACAGCUCGCAUUGUCACGGGUCGCCUGCCAGUGGCAGCAUUAUUGUUGUAACAAUGAACAAGAUACGGAGGCGCCAGCGGGCUUGGUCAGUAGAAACACUGCGGCAGGUCCCUCUACUGAGUCCGGAGGUAAAAUCUCGAAGGUGAAGACAAAGAAGAAAGCAAGUCCUACUACUCGCAAGGUCAAAGCUACUGACGAUUAUUUCCCAUAUUACUUGUCAGGCAACGAUGUCUCAGAAGCAGAAACAACCAAAAUCAAACCUGCUCCCAACCGCCGAAAACCAAAUAUCAAACCAAUGAUUAUGGCACAUAUCUACGCUGCUCCUGAAUCAUCAAACCGCAAGAUGCGGAUGCCAAAGGAAAAGCCACCCGACAUACCUAAAGUCAAAACCAAGGCAGAGGCGCCUUGA